AUGGCCUGGUAUGCCUACAUUGGCAACGAUGUGCUCGCCACCGGUAUCAUGUCCUUCUUGAUGCACGAACUCGUCUACUUUGGCCGCUCUCUCCCUUGGAUCAUUAUCGACUGCAUUCCCUAUUUCAACAAGUACAAGAUUCAGAACGUACGUCGACCACUGUCUUCAUCAAGGCUUCCGACAAGCAGACUGACAUGGUCUUUAGCAAAAAUUCCUACUGCUGCUGAACAAUGGCAAUGCGCCAAGCUCGUUCUGUUGAGCCACUUCACUGUCGAGCUUCCUCAGAUCUGGUAA